AUUCUGCUAAAAAUUUAUUUCGGUACUUUCAGCAAGUCCAUUUCACAAUUGAGUAAGUUCAUAUUCUAUUUUAAUGAGAAAAAAACCGAUUUAAAGAAAAAAAACACCCUUGAAAUCGAAACAUCACCAGCCGGACCCCUGCAGGUAAUAUUUUGGAAAAUUCAUGACGUAUUUGUUGUGAUUCCAAGAUCAUCGCUGUAGUAAUGGCGGUCGAACAAAGGGCUUCUCCUGUCAUAUCAAAUGUUUUUUUACCCGAUCUCUCUCCCAAGAUGGAGAAUGAUGGCGUAGAAGCCAACACAAAUUCACCUCAUCUUUCAAGGCGAUCGUUGAAUGAAUUAGAAAGCUCUGAAAAGAGUGGAAUUCCAUUAAAUACAGCGUGGACUCUCUGGCAUGAUAAAUAUGUUCGCGGGGCGACAGCGGCAGAAUACGCAGCAAAUCUCCGAAAGGUGUAUACUGUCCACACAAUCCAGAGUUUUUGGAGUGUCUUCAACAAUAUACCUUCGCCUUCACAACUUGACGUUAGAACAAGCUAUCAUUUUAUGAGAGGAGAGAGGAAGCCACUAUGGGAAGACAAACAGAACGUUAAUGGUGGAUAUUGGAAAAUGCGUUGCAUCAAACAUAACACUGAUAAGGUGUGGAAAGAGCUGUUGUUGGCAGCAAUUGGUGAACAAUUUAAUGACAAUGUUACAGAAGCUCACCAAGCACAUGAUGCUUUCGAAGGGGUGCGACCCCGUCCAACAAAGCCUCCUGGUUUUCCAUUUGUCAAAGACUGACAAAAUUCCUGUACCCAUGAUAGUUCUUGGUUUGCGACCAUAACAGAUUGGCUGGCAAGUGAUUACAUUGCUAAACUUGUGUGUGGGGGAAUCAGUCUUAGUCUGAGGGACACUGGGCACCACAUCAAGUUCUUGAGGAUGAGAAGAAAGCUUUUCAAGUAAUCAUGCCCAGUCAUCUUCAGAAGUCUUGAUUGAUAAUGAUGCCAUCACAUUUGAGCAAAGUCAGUGACCGUAGUGGAGUUGGCCUGGCUAGUACAUUUGUUGGAUGUUGAACUUGCUCCUUGACUGUGCUAUGUGAAUGUGUAACCAAUAUUAGCAACAAGAUUUGGAAUUGAGAACAGCACAGAGCACAUCGGAGUUACUAUUAUAAUAGUAACUUUAUGCAUGCACGUCUAUUGUCUUUUAAGGUACUAACAGGCUGUAGUCCUUGAUUAGACCAUAGGUAACUUAGGCAUAUACUUAGAUGUGACAAGGCUAGAGUGGUGGAACGAUUUUCAGUUUUUCAAUUUUUAUUCAGUUUUGUCCACAAUUAAUUUUUUGAUAAUUGGAUUUUCUAAAAAGAAUAGA